UAAAGAGGGCAGGGAGGGACGGUGCGACGCGGUGACCGUUUAGCUACGUGACGCACACAACAUUUGUUUACUAAAAUCCUUAUUUAAGCGUACUUUUAACAUACAUAUAGUUUUUUAAUCGUAAAUCGCGGAUAUUGUGUUACUUUGCACGUUAUAACUGCGCACGACGUAAACAAACCGGUGUCAAACGUUAUAAACACUGCGGAGACGAUAGUAACGUUGUAAGUUAGUUUGUUUCUUCGCCAAAAUGAGAGGGGGUUCCUCCUACGGUGACAGAGACAGGGACCGUGGACGAGACAGGCCACGGUUUGGGGCCAUGGGCGGACGCAGUGGACCCCCACCAAUGAAGUUUGGGAAUCCCGGUGAGCGCCUCCGCAAGAAGAGGUGGAACCUGGAUGAGCUGUCAAAAUUCGAGAAGAACUUCUACACUGAACACCCUGAGGUCCAACGCCUUAAUCAGUAUGAAGUGGAAGAGUUUCGCAGGAAGAAGGAGAUCACCAUCAGAGGCUCUGGCUGUUCAAAGGCGAUCACCGGCUUUCACCAGGCACAGUUUCCUCAGUAUGUGAUGGAUGUGCUGAUGCAGCAGAACUUCAAGGAGCCGACAGCGAUCCAGUCUCAGGGCUUUCCUGUGGCCCUGAGUGGCAGGGACAUGGUGGGGAUUGCACAGACUGGCUCCGGAAAGACACUGGCUUAUCUUCUUCCUGCUAUUGUACACAUCAACCACCAGCCAUAUCUGGAGAGAGGAGAUGGCCCAAUUUGUCUGGUGCUCGCCCCAACCAGAGAGUUGGCUCAGCAGGUUCAACAGGUCGCAUAUGAGUAUGGGAAAUCUUCACGUAUCAAAAGCACUUGUGUCUAUGGUGGAGCACCCAAAGGACCACAGAUUCGAGACCUUGAGCGGGGUGUUGAGAUCUGCAUUGCCACACCUGGCCGCCUCAUUGACUUCUUGGAGAGUGGGAAAACAAACUUGCGGCGCUGCACCUACCUAGUGCUGGAUGAGGCUGACCGCAUGCUGGACAUGGGCUUUGAGCCACAGAUUCGCAAGAUAGUUGAACAAAUCAGGCCUGACAGACAGACUCUAAUGUGGAGUGCAACCUGGCCAAAGGAUGUUCGGCAGCUCGCCGAGGACUUCCUGAAGGACUACGUCCAGAUUAAUGUUGGUGCUCUGGAGCUCAGUGCCAACCACAACAUCCUGCAGAUUGUCGAUGUCUGCAUGGAGACUGAAAAGGACAACAAACUUUUUCAGCUGAUGGAGGAGAUAAUGGCUGAAAAAGAGAACAAAACCAUCAUCUUUGUGGAGACUAAGAAGCGUUGUGAUGAUCUUACCAGGAGGAUGAGGCGCGACGGGUGGCCAGCCAUGUGUAUCCAUGGAGAUAAGAGCCAGCCAGAAAGAGACUGGGUUCUCACAGAAUUUCGGAGUGGUAAAGCUCCUAUACUGAUUGCUACCGAUGUGGCCUCUCGUGGUCUGGACGUGGAAGAUGUCAAGUUCGUCAUCAACUAUGACUAUCCCAGCUCCUCUGAGGAUUACGUCCACCGUAUUGGACGUACGGCCCGCAGUACCAACAAGGGCACUGCCUACACCUUCUUCACCCCAGGGAACUUGCGGCAGGCCCGAGACCUUGUCCGGGUGUUGGCGGAGGCCCGGCAGGCCAUCAACCCUAAACUGCUUCAGCUGGUAGACUCAGGGCGUGGUGGAGGAGGAGGGGGUGGCAGAAUGCGUUACCGUGACAGCAGCUCCAACAACCCUAACCUCAUGUACCAGGAGGAGUGUGAUCGGCGCAUGCGCCCUGGUGGCGGCGGCAGCAAAGACAGCCGCAGCGGUUUCAGCCGUGACAGCCGCACCAGCCGAGAUGGAGACCGCUCCACUUCCUCCACCUCUUCCUCCUACAGGGACAGAAGCCGGGAGGCCAGGAAUAGCUACAACUCGGGCUCAGAUCAGUACCAGAGUUAUGGCGGCAGCGGGGGCUACAACUCCCGCAGUGGAGGCCAGUCCGGUGGAGGUCAGGAUCAUCCUAGCCAGCCUCAGGGUCAGUUUGGCCAGCCUCCUGCUCCUCCUCCUCCGUCAUCAGGGGUGCCACAGCCACUGAUGGCUCAGCAGUUUGCACCACCACAGCCCCCGCUCAUGGGCUUUAUGGGGCAACCGCCUUACCCGUUUACUUCUCCACCCCCUCCUCCUCCAGGCCCUCCACCUCCCCGGAAGUAGAACUAUGAAGAAGCAGCAGAAGGUUAAUUUGCGCUACUUGGUGUGUUCACAGUGUAACUUUAUUUUUACUCUCAAUUUCUUGUUAUCAACAAGAGGCGAGGGUUUGAAAAGGCAUUAUCUAAGGAGGUAAGGGCUUAUAUUUUCGUUUUGUACCUUUAAUACACACCACAUGUGUGGGAUGUACAUUUUCCUAGAGAAAAGGAAGUUUCUCUCAACCAUGUACCCUGGAGGAACAAGUUUCUUUUGUUGUCAUUUCAAUGAAACACUAUAGCAGAUUCCUCCAGUUUGUUUUCCCUCUCAAAUUUAAGCUGUUGUUCACUGGCUGUAUUAGGAUGUGGUUAGUAUGAAAACUAGGUUGCAGUAAGGGCUCAGUGCCAUCACAUUCCAGAGUCAUGUCAUUGCUUUAUUAAAUUUCAAAAUCUUUGACUUAUAUUGUUUGAGGGAGAAUUAUGUUUUGACUAGCAGUAUAUUUUCUUUCUUCUGUUGCAUUGAUUUUGAGUUUGUGUUAUUGUAAACACUGAAAUAAUGCAUCCAAGUUGAGUCUUUUGAUACCAUUCAACCACUAUUUUAGUUUGUUUAGUGUAAUGGACUGUCACACUAGAUUUAGAUACAUUUUAUCGUGCAUGUCUUUACUUUUUUCUGUCCUGUAGUAAAAAAAAACGAUGUGAACUAAUGCAGACACAUAUUCAUGUAGAUUGAUUCCUCCUUCAUUUAUUGUGUUCUUUUUACAGUGCUUUCUUAAUAAACAAAUGAAUCAAAAUUG